AUGAGGAAAGCGGCGGCGCUGGCGUCUGCGGCGAUGGUCGCGGCCGUGGCGGUAGCGUCCGCGGUGUCGCGCCAGUGGCAACGUCGGGCGGUGAAGCGGUUGGAGCGCGCAGGGGCCGUGCUGCGGGGCCUAGAGGAGGGGUGCGCGGCGCCGGUGGAGCUGCUGCGGCAGGUGGCCGACGCGAUGGCCGCGGAGAUGCGCGCAGGGCUCGCCUCCGAGGGAGAGAGCGACCUCCAGACGAUUGUCACCCACGUCGACUCCCUCCCAUCCGGGGAUGAGACAGGGAUGUUUUAUGCACUUGACCUUGGAGGAACAAAUUUCCGUGUUUUACGAAUUCAAUUAGGAGGAAAGGAACAGCGAGUUAUCAAGCAAGAUUCUAAAGGGAUGUCCAUUCCACAACAUUUAAUGUCCAGCAGUUCACAUGAAUUGUUUGAUUUUGUUGCUGCUGCAUUAGCAAAAUUUGUUGCCUCUGAAAGUGAAGACUGCUGUCUUCCUGAGGGUACCCAAAGAGAAUUAGGUUUUACAUUCUCCUUUCCAGUGAAACAAACAUCAUUGGCAUCUGGUACUCUCAUCAAGUGGACGAAGAGUUUUGCAAUCGAUGAAAUGGUUGGCAAGUAUGUUGUGGCUGAAUUAAACAUGGCUAUCAAACAUCAAGGACUUAAUAUGAAAGUCACAGCAUUGGUUAAUGAUACAGUAGGGACAUUAGCCGCUGGGAGAUAUGUGGAUCAUGAUACUAUUGCUGCUGUUGUACUGGGAACUGGCAGUAAUGCAGCAUACAUAGAGCAUGCAAAUGCAAUUCCUAAAUGGCAUGGCCCCCAGCCCAUGUCUGGAGAUAUGGUAAUAAACAUGGAAUGGGGUAACUUCAAGUGCACUCAUCUUCCACUGACUGAAUUUGAUCGAGAGUUGGAUGCAGAAAGUUUGAACCCUGGAGAACAGAUUUACGAAAAGUUGAUUUCCGGUAUGUAUAUGGGGGAAAUUGUCCGAAGAAUCUUGCUAAAGAUGGCUUGAGAAGCUGCCAUUUUUGGUGAUAAUAUACCUCCAAAACUUGAGAAACCAUACGUUCUAAGGACAAUCGACAUGCUGAUGAUCCAUCGUGAUAUAUCGUCUGAUCUCAGAACAGUUGCCGACAAGCUGAACGAAAUCUUGGGGGUAUUGCUCACCAAAGUCCAAACGAGGAAGCUGGUUGUGGAUGUUUGUGAGGCUAUUGCGACACGCGGGGCACGACUUGCUGCUGCCGGGAUAUACGGCAUCAUGAAAAAGCUCGGUCGGCAUCCUGACAGAAGGUCCGUGAUCGCUGUGGAUGGAGGGGUCUAUAAAUACUACACUUUCUUCAGUCAGUGCAUGGAGAGCACUCUGAGUGACUUGCUUGGGCAGGAGCUAGCAUCCUCUGUUGUGAUCAAACCUGUCAAUGAUGGCUCAGGCGUUGGGGCUGCUCUUCUGGCAGCCUCCUAUUCUCAAUACCGCCAGGCUGAUGAGUACUAG